AUGGCCGUCAAGUCAAAAGAAAGAAGUCAAAAGAAGCCCAGUUCCGUAAAUUUUAUCGUGAAAAGUCUCUCGGGAAUACCGGACGGUGUCGAACACGAGGUCUGGUUUCACGGGCUUUUGCCUAGAGAAGACAUCACCCUUCUUUUGAAAGAAAAAGGGCAAUUCCUCGUGCGACAGACAGAGCCCAUGCAAGGCCAAGGUUUGAAGGCAGUGUUGAGCGUUUUUUGGUUGGGAAAAGCUCGUCAUUUCAUCAUCAACAAGACUUCUGAUGGCAAAGUAUGCAUUGGAAAGGAGAGAUUCGACAAUGUUGACGAUUUGGUGCGCUUUCAUCAGACGAGAAAGGUACCAUUGACGGAGGGUAGUGGAGCUUUGCUGGUCACUCCGGUCCCAAAACAAGAUUGGGAGCUACAUCAUGAUCAAAUUCAAUUGGGCAGUCUCCUUGGCGAGGGUGCGUUUGGCGGAGUGUACGAAGGCUAUAUGACGCUUGCAAACGGAGACAGAAUCAAAGUUGCCGCCAAAGUGCACAAGGGAAAGGAGAUGAGCAAAACGGCGAUCAAGGAGAUCUGCAAAGAGGCUCGCAUCAUGCGUCGCUACGAGCACAAGAACAUUGUCAAGUUUCAUGGAGUCGCCAUCGCUAUGGAGCCGAUCAUGUUGAUAAUGGAGCUGGUGGACGGGGGAGCGCUUGACAAGUAUCUCGAGAAGAAAGGAGCCGAGAUUUCGGCAAUCAAAAAGCUGAAUAUGUGUUGUGAUGCGUCUUGUGGCUUGGAGUAUCUCCACAAGAAUGAAUGCAUUCAUCGGGAUUUGGCCGCAAGGAACUGUUUGCUGUCGAAUGAGAUUGUGAAAAUCUCGGACUUUGGUUUGUCGAGGGAGAUGGCCGACCGGGAGGCUCGAUACAAGAUCAAGGAUCUCAAACAGCGAUUGCCUAUUCGAUGGUUAGCCCCCGAGACGUUGAAGGAUGGCUCAUACUCGACGAAGACCGACGUGUACUCGUUUGGUGUGUUGAUGUGGGAAAUCUUCAAGAAUGGAGCGAUUCCCUACGCUGAAAUGACCGUCCAAGAGGUGAACGUCUAUGUGAAGAAGGGGAAUCGUUUACCAGCGCCGGACAUGAUGCCAAUGGUGGCGAGAGAUGUAAUGUUGAAGAAGUGCUUUUCGGAGAACCCGGAUAAACGGGUGACGAUGACCGAGAUCCGCCGAUCGCUUGAAAAGACUUGCCGCCGUUCGUCCAGCGCCAACAAGAGCAAAUACGAUAAAUCUAGCAAAGACUUUGGCUUGAGCAAGGAAUCGAAGAGUGUUUGGGAGAACAAAAUGACUCCCGACAUCUCCACAAAU